UAUAGUCAGCUGUGCGUUUAACGCAAUGCUAGCUGGCUGCGUCAUUUUAGCCCACUGAGACCCAACCCGUCUCAUGACAGUUGCUUUUUACGCACAUUACUGUACGAACGUCCUCAAAUGUUCGUUGACAUAAAUGAAAGCGUUAGUACCAAUAUUGUCAACUGUUUCGUCUCUUAAGGCGUUAGCAUUAGCUUGAUGUGGCUAAGAUAGGUAUUUGGUUUCACAGGUUAUCUAGCUGUUUUUUUAAAGACUUUUUUUUUUUUUUUUCCUUGUGAAAAUAUGCGUGUUCAGGAAUGCAUCAUAUCUGCUCCAGGAAAGGCAAUUCUUCACGGAGAGCACGCAGUUGUACACGGAAAGGUUGCACUUGCUGUGAGUUUGAAUCUGAGAACAUACUUGAAGUUGAAAGCCACCCACACCGGUAAAGUUUGCAUCAACCUCCCAAACAUUGACACCUUCCUCUGCUGGGAUGCGGCCGAGUUGAAGGAGAUUAUACCGUUUUCAUGCGGACAGCACGAGGAGGUAAAACGUCUAGAUACUGAACGUGUGAAGAGGUUACGUGAAUUUGUUGGGGUAGCAAAUGGAAACUUGGAUGCAAGUGACAUGGCCACCUUGGCGUUCCUCUACAUCUACCUCGCCCUGUUUGGAUCAGGCGAGCUGCCAAGCUUGACACUGUCCGUGUGGUCAGAGCUGCCGACUGGUGCGGGACUGGGUUCGAGUGCAGCCUACUCUGUGUGUUUAGCAGCAGCUCUGCUUUGUGCAAGUGGCGCCAUGCCCGCUCCUCUCAAAGAGGGGGACCACACUGCCAGGUGGUGUCAGGAGGACCUGGAGCUGAUCAACAGCUGGGCCUUCCAAGGCGAGAUGGUCAUCCAUGGUAAUCCUUCUGGAGUAGACAACGCUGUAGGGACAUGGGGAGGCAUGCUGAGGUUCUUGGCCGGGACGAUAAUACCACUGAGCAGGGUGCCAUUAUUAAGAAUCCUCCUCACUAACACUAAAGUGCCACGUAGCACAAAGGUACUUGUUGCCAAGGUGAAGGACAAAAUUAACAAGUUUCCCACUAUUUUGACCUCUGUGCUCGAAUCAGUUGAUGCCGUUUCCUGCACUUGUGAGAAAGUCCUCUUCGAGAUGACCUGUGAGCCCAUCACAGGAGAGCACUACAAUGUUUUAGAGGAGCUCAUUGAUAUCAACCAACAUCUUUUGAAUAUAAUGGGGGUGGGACACCCUGCCCUGGACACCUUGUGUCGGGUCACGCUCGCCAGGGGUCUCCACAGCAAGCUAACAGGCGCAGGGGGAGGGGGCUGUGGCAUCACUCUUCUAAGACCAGAAACGGACUCUGUCGUAAUCCAGAGUACAAUUCAGGACUUGAAAGACUGCGACUUUGACUGCUGGGAAACAAGUAUUGGCGGGCCUGGUGUCCAAGUGCAUUCCCCCUUCUCUGUAAAGGAGAAUAUUUUAGAGAUCUUAAACCGUUACUGAGAUGUCACCGUGACCAUGGAUGUGCAGGUGAAUUUAUUAGAGCUUCACAAGGCUUGAGCUAUGGUCAACCGCUGCAGUGAACCGAGGAACAUUUUCCCACUGAGCAAAAGUGGACUGAAUGUGUAUUUUGCAUCUCAUUGACUCAUAAUCGUGUGUAGCAAACUUUGUCCGCUUGAUGGCGAUAGAGUUCCACAAAUUCAUCUUUAAUGGAGCGCCCAUUACUAAUUGUAAUGUAAUUGCUGAAGUGCAGCGUUGCACUCUUUUGAUUCUACAGUCUAAAAAUGAUUAUGAAAGUGACUAAGAUUUGAGUUGUACAUUUUUACGUUCAGCUAAAACAUCUUUUAAUACUUAGUUCUUCCUAACAUUUCUCGUGCUAAAAAACAUCACAAGUAUACUGCAAAUGCUGCGCAUACAGACGAUGGAUCUGUUUGCAAUAUUCCCGAUUGGUGAAAAAGGUCAUUCUAGGAUUUAGAAAUUUUUGAAUUUCCAUCUUUUCUCCCCUGAAAUGCCACGAAGAUUAAGUAGCGCGUUGUACGUGAAUAAAGGACAUUUGUCAGCCACCCUCUCUUUUCGCCUGGCGCCCC